AUGUCCGAUUUGAGAUCUAGUAAGCGAAUCAGCGCCGAAGCCGACGACUCAUCGCGAAAGAAGGCUCGCAAAGACAACGACAUGGAUGAAGACGAAUCAUACAAUCCCUACCUCGCGCACAGGCAGCAGGGCAACGGCAAGAGCCACCAUGGCGUCCCAUCCGCCGACUCGCCCUUUGCCGGCUUCCAGCCGCGCAAGACGACCGCUGAACAACACUCCAAAGUUGAGAACCUGAGCGAUAACGCCUUCACCGGACAGCCACACUCCCAAAAGUACUUCCAGAUCCUCGAGACGAGGCGUGAUCUGCCCGUGCACAAGCAGCGCCAGGAGUUCCUCGAGAAAUAUCAUUCCACGCAGAUCCUCGUGUUCGUCGGAGAAACAGGUUCCGGAAAGACGACACAGAUCCCCCAAUAUGUGGUGUACGACGAACUACCCAAUCUGUCGGGGAAGAUGGUGGCCUGUACACAGCCUCGCCGUGUGGCUGCCAUGUCAGUCGCGCAGCGUGUUGCUGACGAGAUGGAUGUGAAGCUGGGAGAGGAGGUUGGUUACAGCAUCCGUUUCGAGGACAUGACGGGCCCCAAGACGAUGCUCAAGUACAUGACGGACGGUAUGCUUCUGCGCGAAGCCAUGCACGACCACGAGAUGAGCCGGUACGGCUGCAUCAUCCUCGACGAGGCCCACGAACGUACGCUCGCCACAGACAUUCUCAUGGCGUUGCUCAAGCAGAUCGCUGCCCGGCGGCCCGAUCUCAAGAUCAUCAUCAUGUCCGCCACGCUUGACGCACAGAAGUUCCAGCGGUACUUCAACGACGCGCCCCUGCUGGCUGUCCCCGGACGAACGCACCCAGUCGAGAUCUUCUACACGCCCGAGCCCGAGCGGGACUACGUCGAAGCUGCCAUCCGGACUGUGCUGCAGAUCCACGCCUCCGAACCAGAGGGUGACAUCUUGCUGUUCUUGACCGGAGAAGAUGAGAUUGAAGAUGCCUGCCGAAAGAUUUCGAUGGAGGCUGAUGAGCUGCAGCGGGAGGUAGAUGCCGGCCCCUUGGUUGUGUAUCCCCUCUAUGGUACUCUGCCGCCCCAACAGCAACAGCGCAUCUUCGACAAGGCGCCUCCACCAUUGAGGAAGGGAGGAAAGCCAGGCCGCAAAUGCAUUGUGUCCACCAACAUUGCCGAGACCAGUUUGACCAUCGAUGGCAUCGUGUAUGUCGUGGACCCAGGUUUCAGCAAGCAAAAGAUCUACAACCCGCGCAUCCGAGUCGAGUCGCUCCUUGUCUCGCCCAUCUCCAAGGCCUCCGCGCAGCAGCGUGCCGGUCGUGCCGGCCGAACCAAGCCAGGAAAGUGCUUCAGGUUAUACACCGAGAAGGCUUUCAAGAAGGAGCUCAUCGAGGCUACAUAUCCUGAGAUUCUGCGCUCCAACCUGGCCAACACGGUGCUUGAGCUGAAGAAGCUGGGCGUGGAGGAUCUGGUGCACUUUGACCUGAUGGACCCCCCGGCGCCCGAGACCAUGAUGCGAGCGUUGGAGGAACUGAACUACCUGGCCUGCUUGGAUGACGAUGGCGAGCUCACCACUCUCGGUGGACUGGCCUCCGAGUUCCCUCUCGAUCCAGCUUUGGCGGUCAUGCUCAUCUCCUCCCCGGAGUUCUACUGCUCCAACGAAAUUCUGUCCAUCACGUCUCUGCUAUCUGUUCCGCAAAUCUUCGUCCGGCCAGCCAACAACCGCAAGCGUGCCGAUGAGAUGAAAUCGCAUUUCGCCCACCCUGACGGUGAUCAUCUCACGCUGCUCAACGCCUACCAUGCCUUCAAAGGGCAGUCGGUGAACGACUCGCACGGCGCCAAGCAGUGGUGCCACGAGCACUUUUUGUCUUUCCGCCACUUAUCUAGCGCUGACAAUGUGCGUGCUCAGCUGAAACGUAUCAUGGAGACACACGGUCUCGAGCUCGUGUCAACACCGUUCGAAGACAAGAAUUAUUACAACAACAUUCGUCGCGCACUCCUCUCUGGAUUCUUCAUGCAGGUGGCCAUGAAGGAAUCAUCCGGAAAGGUGUACCGCACCGUCAAAGACGAUCAGGCUGUUCUCAUCCACCCUUCCACGGUGCUUCGUACUGAAUACGAUUGGGUCCUCUAUAACGAGUUCGUCCUCACUUCGAAGCAGUACAUUCGCACGUGCACGGGCAUUCGUCCUGAGUGGCUCAUGGAAAUUGCCCCGACGUACUACGAUCUCGAAACUUUCGAUGAUGGCGAUGUGAAGCGAUCUCUGAUGAGAGCGGCUGAGAAGAAGCGCCGAAAGGCUGCGAUGAAGAGUGAUCGGUGA